AUGUCCAUGAACGUGCACAUGAAGAACAUCAAGUUCACGGUGAAGGGAAAGCCGCCUGUGUCGAUGGACCACCUGACGAUCAGAGGCAACAACGUGCGGUACGUCAUCCUGCCGGACAGCAUUCCCCUCGACACCUUGCUCGUGGAUGAUGCCAAGCGCUUGCCGAAGGUCAAGUCUUUGGCUGGCCGGGGCCGUGGUAGGGGACGUGGCCGCGGCAUCAAGAAGCUGGGCCAGAAAGCGGUUUUGGGCAACCAUGAGAGUCCGGUUUAG